AUGCGUGAAAUCGUGCACAUUCAGAUUGGCCAGUGUGGUAACCAGAUCGGAGCCAAGUUCUGGGAGGUGAUUGGCGAGGAGCAUGGGAUCGACGCGGUGGGGAGCUACAUCGGGGACUGUGCCCUGCAGCUGGAGAGGAUCAGCGUGUACUACAAUGAGGCACACGGUAGGAAGUACGUGCCCCGGGCGCUGCUGGUGGACCUGGAGCCGGGGACGAUGGACAGCAUCCGGUCUAGCAAACUGGGGGCCCUCUUUCAUCCGGACAGCUUCAUCUAUGGCAUCUCUGGGGCCGGCAACAACUGGGCCAAGGGCCACUACACGGAGGGCGCCGAGCUGGCCGAGAGCGUGCUGGACGCCGUGCGCAGCGCCUGCGAGGCCUGCGACUGCCUGCAGGGCUUGCAGCUGGUGCACUCGCUGGGCGGCGGCACGGGCGCGGGCAUGGGCACGCUGCUGCUGAGCCGGGUGCGCGACGACUUCCCCGACCGCAUCCUCAACACCUUCAGCGUGCUGCCGUCGCCCAAGGUGUCGGACACGGUGGUGGAGCCCUACAACGCCGUGCUGUCGCUGCAGCAGCUGGCGCAGCACGCCGACGCCUGCUUCUGCAUCGACAACGAGGCGCUGUACGACAUCUGCCUCCGCGCGCUCAGGCUGGCCGCGCCCAGCUACGGCGACCUCAACCACCUGGUGUCCCUGACCAUGAGCGGCGUCACCACGUCGCUGCGCUUCCCGGGCCAGCUCAACGCCGACCUGCGCAAGCUGGCCGUGAACAUGGUGCCCUUCCCGCGCCUGCACUUCUUCAUGCCCGGCUUCGCGCCGCUCACCAGCCGCGGCGGCCGCCAGUACCGCGCGCUCACGGUGGCCGAGCUCACGCAGCAGGUGUUCGACGCGCGCAACGCCAUGGCCGCCUGCGACCCGCGCCGCGGCCGCUACCUGGCCGUGGCCUGCUUCUUCCGCGGGCGCAUGUCCACCCGGGAGGUGGACGAGCAGAUGCUCGCCGUGCAGACGCGCCACAGCGCCUGCUUCGUGGACUGGAUCCCCAACAACGUCAAGGUGGCCGUGUGCGACAUCCCGCCGCCGGGGCUCAGCAUGGCCGCCACCUUCGUGGGCAACAGCACGGCGGUGCAGCAGCUGUUCCGCCGCGUGUCCGAGCACUUCUCGGCCAUGUUCCGGAGGAGGGCGUUCGUGCACUGGUUCACCUGCGAGGGCAUGGACGUCGGCGAGUUCGCCGAGGCCGAGAGCAACCUCCACGACCUGGUGUCCGAGUACCAGCAGCUUCAAGACGCCAGCGCGGUCCCCGAGGACGACGGAGACGUCGUGGGGGAGGCAGAAAUGGAGCCGGAAGAUGGGCCCCGGGAGCCUGGCGGGGCUGUGUGAGCGGCGGCCGCAGGGUGCCCGCCUCUGCUCCCUGUGACCACGGGGACCGCGGGGGCCUCGGGGCCUCCCGCCCGCAUCCGCUAACUUUCCACACUCCGACGUUCAGUGCACCCUCUAUUGGCUGGUUUGUAAUAGCAAAGCGAAUUUGUGGCGAAGGGCUCCAUUUGGGCCGUUCCUGUGUGCACAGGUCCGUGCCAGGCAUCGAGCCUCGCCCUGGGCCGUGUGCGCUGCCUCCGCAGCCCCUCACCUUUGACCCUCUCCGGGCCCUGAAGCCCUUGCUCGGCAUCCUUGCUAAGUUUCUGCUUCUCUGCCAUGGCCCGUGCCAAGCAUCUGGCCUCCCCGCACUUGCUGGCCUCCAGAAAAGCCUGCUCACUAACUGGUAUGGGGGGGG